UUCCCACGUGCCCUGGGAACCCCCGCGGCAUCGUGUCAGCCCCCGCUCUUCACUUUUGCACGCUCCUUCCACCUCCACCUUCUCCCACACUAUCUGCUUCUCAUCGUCAGCGGCGAACGUCUCUCCUUCUGUCUGCCUGUCUGUCUCGCUUUCUUUUUCUCCUUUCUCUUUCUCUUUCUUCCCGCUUCUAUUUCUCCCGGUACCUUUCUCCCCGUUCUUCUUUUCUUGCUUACCCCGAUAGGUAAGCCGAGAGGAGUUUGAUUUGUCGUUUCGUUUUUGCGCAUGGGUGUCGGAGAUACGUCUACGCGGACACACGAUCAACAUCAUUCCGUACUGCGGUAACGCGUUCGUAUAGAGAGUAUAAGUAGAUCGAUUGUGGAACCCGCGGAGAAGAGAUUCGGUGGCUCUAGCUUUUGGAUACGAGCGCUACCUUUGUAGCCUUUACGGUCCGAGUUGGCUACCGCCCGCUGCGGGGGGUAUCCUUUUGGAAAUUUGGGCGCAGGCGGAAGGAAACGAGGCCUCAGUCAUGUCAGAGCGGUAUUCGAAUACUUUGAGAGAGAGAAGGUAGGGGAGAGACAUCGCGCGCGAGAUUAUACCAGAAGGGGUCUUGGCGUGGGCGAAGAGGGAUGCUCUCGUCUCACGGUUACGAGGGCGGGCCCAGACACGGCGGGUCCGCCGUGGUAGGGAUCGGGACUCGUGGAGCGUUGAAGAGAGGGAGCAACUUUGCGGGGACAGUUGGAGGGAGAGGAGGGCGGACGGGCACCGAGCGGGAGCUCAGGAAGCCGCGUCGACGAAGGAUUUGUGAAUAACAGCGCUGCUAUUCGGCGACCGUGUCAGACAAGGACGCACGUAGACCCGGGACAAGGCGCGCUACCACUUCUUCCCUUCUUCGUCGGGCCUCCUCUUCAUCAUCGUCCUCACCUCUUCUUCUACCAAUGCCCGCUCCGUCCACCCUCUUCCCUCAUUUUCCUUCUUCUGCUCCCGUUCCUCCUCUGCAUCCCUCUCUCCACCACCACCUCCUCCACCUCCUCCUCUUCCUCCUCCCUCGCCGCCCCGCCGCCGCCUCUUUUCUACCUCUACCAUCGCAACGAGGUCGAGGAAGGAACAUCCUGGACGUAUACGUUUCCCGUGGAAUCGAGGGAGGCUGCCUUCACACGAACGACAACUGGUGGGUAUCGGUGAGUUGGUUCGGUAGGGAGGUGUCUCCCCCGAUUCUCCAACCAGAAGAAGCGAGACGACGACGACGACGACGAGGACGAGGACGACGACGACCACAACGACGACGACGGUGACGACGAUCAAGAGACCUUUGGCGGUUACACACUGCGUCCUACCGUCUUCUGGUGUGCCUACCUAUUCGGACUACCAGUGAACCGAGCGACCAAACGGAGCUUCAGUCGACGCCGCGCACCCAAACGGUCCAGACCUGUCAGCCCGGAAGACACGCGCAGCAUCUCUACGCUUUCACGAGCAACGUGUACGCGCACAGCACUGCAUCUCGUAAUUCAGCCGAAACGUAUUUCGCGAGUUUCGUUCAACGUUCGAUCAAAGUUUUUACUUUUGUCCAACUUGGGAGACCUUCCCUUACGGAAGAAUAUUGGACUCCAAGACGAAUCUUUAUCUGCACUUUUCUCAUCUCCACUGAAUCGGCGGUGAUACGAGGCGAUCCUCUACGAGGCGACGUGGUACAAGCAGUGAUCUCACUCCCAGGAGUCAGCUCGAGACUAGCUUUGCGCGGGAGGAGAAGAGCGAGUCGAGAAACGACAGAUUCAAGAGAGACAGAUAAGGAGAGAGGACGUACGAAGCGUCCGCAAGCGAAACGAAGAGAGAGAGAGAGAGAAAGAGAGACAGACAGAGUGACGGAGCAUACUGAGAAAGGAGACAGAGAGAGAUAGAACGAGUGGUGGGAGUGACUGCGGGCGUUAGCGAGAGAGAGCGAGAGAGGCGGGAGGUAGAGGGAAAGGAGAGACAGAGACUCGACCAAGAGAAGGAGCGGUGGGAAUUUAUAAGGAUGUUCGCGAUAAUGCCGAUGGAGACAGAGGGGCACGGCAGGGAGUUCGGCCGGCGGCAGAAGAUGCGCGCCAAGUGCACGGUAGAGUUCGUCUGCAAGUACUGCCAGCGGCGUUUCACGAAGCCCUACAACCUCAUGAUCCACGAGCGCAGCCAUAAGGACGACGUGACCUUCACCUGCGAGGUCUGCGGAAAGUCCUUCAAGCGGCAGGACAACCUCAAGCAACACAGGAGCAUACACUCUGUUCCCUACAAGGGCUCCAACGGCUACUCAAAUGGCUAUUCAAAUGGCUACUCUAGGUAUUAGAAGCCAUCCGGCCAACUACUAUCCUAACUCCCGUAGACACGCGUUUCUCUUUCUCUGUCGAAUGUUCUAACUACCAACCAGAUUCUUUCCCGACGUCCCUCCUCUGUUAGAACGAUCCGACGAUGGGUUGAAUCUCGCAAGAGACAAACGUCACGUUUGUCGUCAAUCGCAAAGGGAACCGCGCGAAACCUCCAUUGAUUUUUGUCACCACCUUGCCUAAUCACCUUGCCUAUCACCUACCCUCGCGCUUAGUUUGUCCUGCUUUUUGGAUUUGUUUUGCUUCUGUAUUCAUCCUCCUCUAUUCCGAGCCUACACCCAGACGUCAGCCACAUCAGAGGAACCUUCGAUUCAACACGAAGCACUAUUGCAGAGCCGAGUACAAUCUGGAAUACUGGAAGCGAUUUGGGAAUACAACGAUAUAGCGAUGAUCGUAAUAAUCUCAAGUCAAGUUUUUCGUAAACUUUGUCAAAUCACUCGACGUGAUAAAUCACCGACUUAAGUGAAUAGUUUUGUGAAAAAUGCCCAAAAAGCGAUUAAAUGCCUUUUAAAUUUCUCGUCAAGAUACGAUCAGAUGUAUAGUACAGUUAGGUAUCGUCUGCACAAUUCGAAAAUGCCCAAUUAGGAUGCGGAACAAUGUCAGUUUAUAUUUUGUCUGGAAUCUGUCAACGUAUUCGAUCUUGAGUAUUCCAGUUGGAGAUUCGGUAAGAGCGUUUCACAGCGGACGAUAAAAUUGUGUCAGUGAAAAUUUGCCGAAACCGAUGACAUGUUGGAUCUUUCUAUCGUGAGCGUGAGCCUUCCAGAACCAACGAACUUGAAGAAAGAUUCAAGAGAGACAAGAAGAGGAUGAUUCGUCUGGAAAUCGAUCGAACGAAGAGAACCGAAACAUCGCAAGAUCCAUUUUCUCCCGCGCAUUUUUUCAUAGCGGAAGCUAUCACGUUAUUCCUCGCAAGCUCCUCGGGCUAACAUCCUAAAUUGGACUACGUAAUAGCCUACUAGCUCCACCGAGAAUGCCGGUCCGAAGAUGCUGUUCGCUUCUUCGCGUGCUACUGUGAACCACGCCCAGGCCCGGAGCGACGUCUUCCUGACCUACCAUCUGGCAAUCAGCCGCGGAGUUAUUCGACUUCCUCUUUAGAAAAUCCAUAUAAUUUCGCGACGAUACCAGUGCGAGUCACACGGCGGAGAUCUCGCAAGCGAGCGGGAUUGUCGCGAAGACAUGACCAGGCAACCUUGGAGCCACGUGGUAGACAAGGUAGGCCCGCGCUGGUACCACUGACGCAAAUACCAGUCAACUGAGAUCGAUUUCCAGUGGGUGAACCUUUGGCGAGAUGUCUCUUCGAUUCCGGUCGAGAGACGCGACGUCUCUCCACUCAAGUGGAAUAAAGAUCGCCUGUUCAGCAUCGAUCGUAUCUUUCGUCAUUAUCGUUCUUUCUUUGUACCAUUCGGUCUUUUAUUUAUGUUGCGUGAACCGCGCAAAUACAGUUAUAAAGUACUCGAAAUCUAAACGGGAAAAAAAUCGCACACGAUGAAAUAAUCGCCGUUACUCGUUACGGUGUAGGUAGGUGACGCCGUGGAUUCCCUCUUGCUUUCCGAACGAGACAUGCGAGAGCAAUUUAAACCUGCGAGUACCAAGCGCACGCGAAAGCGCGUGCGGCGAGCGGAAAUGUAAUCGUUGUUUUCGUUGAGUUUAUACAUAUGACAGAAAUAUUCAUUAUUUUCAGAAAAGACGGUAGGAAUGGACAAGAUGUUUAAUAAGUCAUAACAAAUUCUUAACGUAUCUUUUCUUCUUUUAUUGCUGGAAAUCGUUCUGUUUUUUCAGAACAAUAUCGUAAUGUAUCUUUGUACAAUAUACCACGUUGUAUUCCUACCUUCUGUUCUUAAUGUCUUUCCUGCAACGUAAUAUUUGAUGCUACACAUCUCUACUAUGCAAAGAGAUACAAUCAGUCUUGUUCUAAUCAGGGUAAUGAACCGUUGCUCUUUUCAUUCUGAUCGUUCUUUCACUCGGGUAUUACUCGAGUUCGUCGUGAUACAUUGUAAAGAAUAUGUGUGUAUUACUUUGUAUUAAAUUUAAUAUAUUUUAUUACAUAUUUUCCAAACUGUACAUUAAAAGAAGGGAAAACGUUUGGACUUGUACGUUAAUGAAGUUUAAGAAAUUUGCGUAUGGCUGUUUCUAAUAUAUAUAUAUACAUAUAUACAUAUUCUCGUAAUUUUCUUCGAUACUUGAAUGUUCUUUACUUUAACUUACAAGAGCAAAAUGUUUGCAACUAAUGUGAGUACGAGACAAUGUGAGUUUUUGCUAUGGCAUCUCGAGGAUAUCGAGAACUGCUAUUUAGCUGAUUCGCGCAAGUUGAUGCAACGGAUUUUACGUAAAAAGGUUUAUAGCUUCUCGGGAGCAGACAGAAUUUUAUCUUACUUCCUAACUUUAUUUUGAUUCCCUUUUAGAGAAAAACGAGACCGCGGUCGUACUUUGUACAUAGCUUAGAUGCGUAUCGCUGCGUCUUUAAAAUUAUUAUUAUUAUUAUUAUUAUUAUUAUAUUAAUUAUUAUUUUACAAAUGUUAUCAAAAUAGCGUCUUAGUCAUUCUGUAUUGUAGCCGCCGAUAGUGUAGAGCUGCAUUGCGUCGUACGGUAUAAGAUAGGAGCGAUAAUAAUAUUAUUUUAUAUUAAUAUUAAAAUUAUUAUAUUAUGAUAUAUAUUAUUACCAUGAUGUGUAUCGAUAUCUAUGCAUGUAUCGCUAGCUUUACACAAACGAGACAGCGCACGAUCAGCCCGAUUCACGUUCUUUGUUCCCCAAGAGAAAUGAGACGAUGUGCGCAUUAUGGCUUCACGUGUGCUUUUCGUAAAUUGCAUUGUACCAAUGGAAAAAUUCCACUUUACCGGACUAUAAAUAAAUCCGCCAAGUUUUGAAACGCUAUUGUCGGCUUUGUUUCCAUCAAUCCAAAUCUCCUCUGACACGUUAAGACAAGAUUAUUACGUCGCAUGGUUAGAGAAUCUCCUCCGGCACUUGUUUAAACAAUUUUGUAAUCUCAAGAAUACGUAGUAAAAUCUUACGUAGUAAGAUCUUACUUAGUAAGCUUGAUUCGCUUUAAUUUAAGAAGAUUCCCAAGUCUAUCUCAGAACACAAUAUCAUCACUUCCUCGAGUACGCGCUACGUAUAAUGCGACUAUCGUAAUAUUCUGAACAAUUAUUCGACCAUAACAAUCGCGAUUGAUUUGCAAUUAAUUUGUAUCUUGUUUGAGGUGCAAGACGCAUGAUGACUCAAUAGCAGAAUCGUUGUCGGGAUAGUUCAUUCUUGGAGAUGACUCGGAAACGGUUGUUACGCAAAUCACAACGAAUUAAGCAGCGAGUAAACAAGGCAAAGAGGACAAGAUGGAGAAGAGUAGAUCCUGAUCAAGACGGAUCUUCCGCAGGUAGCGAAAUACUGGACCAUAUGAAAACAUUCAUUCUAUCAUGACACGCAACAAAAUCAACCGAUGAUUAACCGAUGACCCAAUUGUUGUGAGAGAUAGUAGAUGCAUUACAGGAGCGGAUAUGAUGCUUUAAUAAGUUAUUAAACAUUAAAAAAUUUCCAUUACAUUAUUAACGGAAUAUCGUUUUUCGCGGAUAGUAUUGAAGCCGUUUGAAUACACAGUUAGAGAGUCGUCUUGGAGGAUUCUUUUAUUCACGUAUCCCGUAUCGCAUUGUGCAACGAGCUUAAGGAGUUUGAAGCUGUAUUCCACGAGCGAAUAAGAUUGCACGCGGAGUAUCCUGUUCACUUUAUGUUGUGGCUGGAAGCUGCUCUCACCUCCCGGGGCAAAAGUCGUGAGCUGAAUGUCAUGGUGAUUGAAUACGACCCACUGAUGUGGUUCCCGAGAUGUACAGACAGCGCUAUUGGUUUUCCGCAGAGCCUUUUCAAUAUUUCGUAAAGUUUGUUCGUAAUUGUCUUAACUGCAAAUUCGACGAAAAUUCAAUAAUCUGUUCUGAUGAGAUGUUCUGGUCCCAACCGACGUAUGCUGGCGUGCGCCAAUUGUGCAUGUUCUAACUAACGUUGAACGUUUCUUUUACAAAGAAUUUCUUCUGGAUUACAUUAACGUUAACGCAUCACUUUGUUCGUACCUUAAGUAUUUGACAAAAUGCCCACAUAGCUUUAACGCACCGUUUGCGGCAUUUUUUCCAGUGGCAUUUCAUGGAAUUGAUUUGCACCCGCGCCUUUGAUCGUCGUUACUCGUACGUCUGAACCAGACUUACAUACAAGCAGAUACGCAACUAGAUACAAAGUCGCUUCGCGUACGAAUGCGUUUCCACACACUCGGUUAUGGGCGUGUGUUAAGCUAGCGGGCAGAAGCUUCCCAUGGAACUCUCACCUCCGCGGGCGGAAAGUGAACUUCGAAGCGGCCGAAGACAGCAGUCGUGGCAGUCGCGAUCGCCGCUAUCCUCCGUGGCCGCGAUCCUUUUUCGGGUGAAAGGUUGGCGAAAAACGCCAACGCCGACAGCUACUACUACAGUAGCUCCAAUGCUCCACGGAUUCUGCUUCCAUUGCAGAAGAGAUUACAUUUUUUCAAUAUUUUCUUUUAUAAGCGUAAUAAAAGUGAUAAUACUAUGACACGAGGAGCAUGGUCACAGACAACACGCGAAGAAAGAAUAAGAUAGGAACGUGCCAAUUGAAACGUCGAUUACGCUAUUGCUCGAUUACGUAUUAUACGAUAGCGCUGCGUAAUGACAAUGAUAAUUAUACAGGAAAAGCGACAAUAUCAGUCGCACGUAUACAUUUCUCAAGGACUGAACGCGACGAACACGGGUCUAAACUUUUUCCCUUUCGCGACGAGACUAGAAACGUUCGAUGAAACGAGCCUAGUGCACGGUUAAUCGGAUAAAAGUGAUGAGAGAAAGAGAGAGAGACGAGGUCGUCUAGAUGAAUACAGGUGGACGCAUUGGACCGUGAGGAAGAUAUCGCUAGCGUCAAUGGAAAAUGGACAGAUUCGACGGAUUUACGGGGGAAUGAAAAAGGCCGACUCACGGAGGUGAGGUGGAAGAGACAGAAAAAGGCGGAUACGCGCAGGGUUAUCGCGUUGCUAGCAGUAGGAUAGUACGAAGCAUCUAAAGGUUACUACCGCAUCAUCGCCACGUCAAACUACCAGCUAGAUUAGUCCCCCUUGGGCGAGCACGAGGUGUGUUUUGCCCGAGCAGGAGACUCCGUCUCUGUCAGACUCGCUCUCGUAUACGUUUCGCGACGCGCGGUAAGCGUCUAUAUUGCUAGGCGGUAGGUUGGUAGGUAGGUAGGUCGGUUGGUCGCUCGGUAGAUAUAUUAAACGAUCCAGUCCUCCCGUGCCCUGCUCCCUCCUUGCUCGAUCGCACUCGUAUAUACACGCACACAUACUUACACAUUCUGUAGCUCUCGCUCUCGCUCUUUCUCUCUUGUCGCUGUUACUCUUCGCUGGCGCGGCUUCUAAGAUCUGUGGGAGCGCCUUUCACCUAAUUGUUGGCACAAUAUGUGAAGACGAAGCCACCACGGUUCCCAUCGACUUCUGGAGAUGAUACUCCGACUCGUGGCGCCUGGUGAGACACAGUCGCUAUCCAGACUCGAGAGGUCGAUCGGGAUCGCCUGCAACCGGAGGGGAUUAGGCGAUGCUACAAGUAGUAGGUAGGAUGAUAGCGCGUAAGAGGUCAUCUCUCGCGAACGGCAACGUGAAGCUCUUACGGUUUAGCGAUACGUACAGUCUUGCCAAUGAUCUUUGUGUAGUCCGUUUGCUGUGAACGUUUGCAACAUUGCACAAUUUUAGGCAAUUGAUUGCGUACAUGUAUAUACGUUUGUGCGUACUUGUCAUGUAAUGUUGCGAAUCAUCCAAUUAAAACUAC